CACCAGCCUAUGCUAAUAUCGCAACAACAACAGCAGCAACAGCAACAGCAACAACAGGAGCAACAACAACAACAGCAACAGCAACAGCAACAACAGCAACAGCCAGGCAUUCUGUGUGCACGUCUAGGACGGCGGGACUCAGCCGACAGACCGGCCUUCCUUGUGACACCAUCGUUGCCUAAGAGCGUUAGAGUUAACUUUCCAGGCAAGGCCAAUUCGAGUCAGCAGCCUAAGUAUGCACGGAGUAUCGCUAGUGUUUCACCCCUGAAGACUGACGACCGACGAGCCGUUCUUCGGUCGUCACCGAGUGGCGCUAGCGUUUCUUCCUCCUCAGAGCGCAGCGCAACUUCAUCCGGGUGCACCUGGCUUCACUUCGCCGAGCACGGGAGCUUGGCUGCGCCGACCUCUCGCACGCAACGCGAGGUCGCUCUCCGGUGCGCCCUCGCAGCGGCGUGGCGGGCAAUGAGCACCAGGGGCGCGAAGCGGGCGCGCAUGCAGCGGAUGCCAGCGGCGCGAAGCGACGCGAUCGUGAGCGGGCAGCAACAGCAGCGCGGCCGCCCGUCGCACGGCGUUCAAGCCGUCGUGACCUCCCCUUGCACAACUACUCCCGCCCCUCCCACUCCCGCUAUCUCCCCAGCCCCUUUCCACGUGGCCCCUCCUCGCAACACUCCUCGUGCCUCUGCUCCCGCCUCCAAUGCAUAUCAAAGUUACCGGGUUACCGCAUGCCAUCCAUCCGCCCUGCCAUCGCAGCAGCCGCCUCCUCCCAGCGACCCACCCAGUGAUGCCCCCUCCCCCGCCCCAACUGCCGCCCAUCUCGCCCACGCGCCGGAAGGCCGCCCGCGCAAGAGGCGGCGGGGGCUCGCCACUGGCGCAGGCAUUGGCGCCCCCGGUGCGCGCGGAGACCUUCCCCCCAUCAGCGCGAUCAGCCCGCUGGCGCAGCGCGAGAUUGUCGCUCUCAAGCGCGCGCACCCUGCGCUGGACGACGUGCACAUCGCGGCAGCGGUGAGGCAGCAGUUCGGCGCGGACGUCCAGGAGUGCCACGUGGCAGCCAUCGUGCAGCACGCCGCCGGCACGUGCUGGAGCGUGUGGGGCACGCGUAGCAGCGAGCGGUACACGUGCGCGGGGCUGGAGGCGCAGAUGGCGCGGUGGGUGCGGGCGACCAAGGCGAGGGAGGAGGCGCUGAACGUGACGGGGAGGAUCAUCAGCUUGAAGCGCGUGAGGGAGUAUGCGGCGCGCAUUGGGCAGAAAUUCGAGGUGCCCCGGCGGUUCUUGUACCCCUUGGAGUGGUGCAGAGCGGUGCUGGAGUAUGCUGGGCUGGAUAGUCACGGGAACGAGAUUGGCAGGCAGGUAUCGGGAGGCGAAGGGGAGGAAGAGGAGGGCGAAGAGACGGUAGGUGGAGGUGGGGGAGGAGACGGGAAGUGGGUUCACCCGUUCAUUGCGCCACAAGAGAGAAACCCAAACUUCCACCUCCCAAGCCAGCCCACACACCGGCCGUGGGACGUGACGAUCAAAUACCACAUUGCCGUGCUUGCGCGCGUGCGGCCACACCUGAGCAGCAAGGCCGUGGCGGCAGCAGUGUUCACCAGAUACGGCGUGGAUGUGGUGCCCAAGCGCGUGCAGGGGAUAGCGCAGGAGAGUGGCAGGUGGAUCAAGGCGGGCGCAGUGCCAGCGGGGAGGGAGGCGAUGGUGAGGCUGGAGGACGAGGUGGCGGCGUGGGUCCUGCGAGAGGAGGAGGGGAGGAGGGAGGUGACGAGGGCGAGCAUUCUGGAGAAGGGGAAUGCGCUGGCGCCUGGGCUUUUACGGGGGUCUGACGUGCCCCUCACACAGAAGUGGGUGCGGGGUUUUAUGGAUCGCUAUGGGCUGCUUCUGCUGCCGCUCACCGAGGGGCGCACGGGUGGACAGGGAGCGGUACGGGAGGGUGCAGGAGGGGAGGGAGAGGGAGGGGAGGGAGGGGUUUGGGAGGGAGGUGAGGGGAGUGAGACUGAGGAGGAGACUGGGGAUGAGGGUGGGGGGGCGGGAGAGGUGGGGGGUGGUGGUGGGGAUGAGGGCACGGGUGUGGGGUGCGAGGGUGCGGAGGAGGGGAAGGGAGACGGGGAGGGGUCGGUGCAAGCUGAUUGCAAGAGGGAAGGAGGCAGGCGCGGCAGGGGUGGUGAUGGUGGAGAGGGGUGGGGGAGGGUCGAGAGUGAGGGGAGUGGAUUGAGUGCAAGUGAGAGGGAGGAAGAAGAGGAGGAUGAGAGCGAGGAGGGGAGUGAGGAGGACGAGACACAGGGGGGCAAGGGCGGAAGCAGGGGGGCAGGGCCAGCGGUGGAGGUGACUGUAAACAGCGAGCACUUCGCUGCAGUGCUAGCAGCAGCGGAGCGGGCAGCGCGGGCGACAGUGCUUGAGGCGCAGAGGGACGUGGUAGAAGAGGCAGUGAUGGACGCGGGGCUGCUUGUAAGGGGGACAGCCGGGUACGGCAGCAAGCUGUGGCUGCGAGACAGUGUGCCGGGGGCGCCUGAGAGGUGGGGCCGCGGGCACAGGUAUCUGAAGAGGGAGGGAGAAACGUGGAGGGAGGCGCGGGCGCGUGGGGUGGUGCGGCGGGGCGGGUCGAGCUGGUUCGCGUGGGAGCGGGUGAAGUGCAUGGGCGGCAACUACCGCCGCCUGCUGCCCUCCGAGACCCUCCUCAUUCGCCAGGGCUCCUGUGUGGCAGAAGCAGUGGGGGAAGACGAGGAGGAUGGAGCCGCAGCAGGCUCAGAGGAGUGGGAGGAGUGGGAGCAGCAACAGCUCCCGGGCUGCGAGGAGCAGUCCACGGGCGGAGAGCAGAGCUUGGGGAGCGGAACAGAGAGGCUCAUCUGCCUAUGCCAGCCGCUGCAGGCGAAGCGGGGCGGGGGGCGCAUGGCCAGCAGGGUGCUGGAGGGCGUCACCCUUAGUCGGGUGCGCGCGCUCUGCCUCGUGGUGCAGGCUCGGCCAAACCUAAGCCAGGCCGCCAUUCUGCAGGCGGUGAAGCAGGCUUGGAGUGUGAACCUGAGUCCCGGGGAGCUCAUGGCCAUUCUGGCUCAGAGGCACCGCUGGCUGCAGCUGCCGGGGGGGCCGAGCAGCGACAGUGGGGCUGCUGAGGGGCGCUGCUGUGUGCCGCUGUCUGUGCUGAAGCGCCCGCGCAUGCGGGGCAGCCGGCUGCUGGAGGUGGCUGUGGCGCGCUGGAUAGAGGACCUGGGGGCGGCCAUCAGAAUCCGGUGGAAGCAGGUUUGGUGGCCCCCGCGGUUCAACGCCGCUGCUGCUGCUACAGCGGCCACCAGGUCUGCUGCGGCUGCUGCUGGCGGUAGCAGGUGUGGUGGGGCAGGCGGGGAUGGCAGUGUGCAGUACGUGCUUACAAAGGAUGUGACUAUGGAGGUGGCCAGGAGGAUCGCGCCCCUGGUGGGCGUCCUGCCGUGCUUCCGCUUCUCGUACGGUUGGUACCGGAAGCUCAUGUGCGCUAUAGUGCGGUACAGAGCGGUGCAUGCCAAGGGGAGGCAGGCAGGGGUGGGGGGGGGGGAAGCUCAGGCGGAAGGGACAGGUGAGGGCGUGGUAGCAGAGCAGAGAGCAGCACGUGAGGCGAGGCAAGGAGAGGCAGAGUUGAAGGGGAAGCAACGAGCGAUACGGUCAGGCGAAGCAGCCAAGGCAGCAGAGGCAGCAGCGGAGGCAGCAGCAGAGGCAGCGGAGUCAUUGGAGGAGGCGGGGGUGCACGUGGAGCAGUGGGUAGAGGCGGGGGACGUGCGCGCGCUGCUGCGGGCGGUGGACGGCGACCGGUGGCGCGGUAGAGGCGGGGAUGGUGGGAGAGGUGGUGGUUGUGAUGGUGGUGGCGGGGUGGAUGGUGGUGGUGGUGCAUGCCUUGACGACAACGGCGAUGACAGCAGAGGCGAUGACAGCAGAGGCGAUGAGAGGAGUGAUGGUUGGAGGAAUGGUGUUGCCACUGGUGGCAAUGAGAGAAAUGAUGAGAGCGAUGAGAGUCAUGAUGAGAGUAAUGAUGAGAGCGAUGAGCAUCAUGAUGGGAGGAAUGAGGGGAGUUAUGACGACAGCUGUGACGACAUAAGUGACGACAGCUGUGACGACAGCAGUGACGACAGCAGUGACGACAGCUGUGACGACAGCUGUGACGACAGCAGUGGUGAGAGUGGAAGGUCGGCCCGUGCACAGUCCCCCUCACACCCCACCCUAGAGCACUUGUCGCCACAGCCACCGCAGCAGUCACUAAGUCAGCAGCAGCAACAGCAGCAGCAGCAGCAGCAGCAGCAACAGUGGCAAUCAUGGCCUGGGUGGCAAGCACCUGGAGUGGUGUGGCAAAAGGUCGGCAACGGUUGGCAGCAAGUGGUGCCUCCACUGUCCAUGCUUGGCUGGCAGCCCCACGAGCCCAGCAGCCCCUGGGGACCCUCCAUGGGUGCAUGGCCUGCGCAUGAUGGAGACGCGUGGGACCCGGCUGAGGGCGGACGGAACACGGCAGCAGCAGCAGCAUGGCUUCAGCAGCAGCAACAGCAGCAGUCUACAGCAGGAACACCCACACACGCACUCAUGCCAUUCUGCCCCACCGCUCCACCCCAUCACGACAUCCCACCCCGUCAUGACAUGCCAUCGAACUAGUGUGGCAUUGCCAUCGAAUACCAGUAAGUAGCAUGGAGCAAUGUGUCAGCUGGAAUACUGUAAUUAUGCUGCACGAGAAGGCACAUGAUAAGUGUUAUUUGUUUAUUUUUGUUACGAUGAGGAAUACAUUCCUGAAAGUGGC